AUGCUAAUAUUUGGCCUAGCCACUUUGUUAGAAGUUGGCAUAGCUGGUGCAGGCCCUCCGCCUGUAUUCAACGUCCUAAACUUCGGAGCGAAGGGAGAUGGUUUUGCAGAUGACACACAGAUGGAAGGCACACUGAUAGCACCAAACGAUCCCAGGUGGUGGAAAGGAAUCGAUCCAUCUCGCUGGUUGCAGUUUCAGCAUGUUGGUACACUGAAUGUCUUUGGUGGAGGUAUAAUAAAUGGUCGAGGGCAAAAUUGGUGGAAACAAUCAUGCAAAGAUAACCCAAAACCGGGAUGCACUCAUAAAGCACCAACUGCAAUAACAUUUGAAGAUUGCAAUGACCUCUGGGUGAGAGAUCUGCAGUCUAUUGAUAGUCCACAAGUACAUAUGCUUCUCUUUAACUGUCAACGAGCGACUCUUUCAAAUCUCAAGAUGGUUGCUCCUGAACUUAGCCCCAACACUGAUGGUAUCCAUGUUCAAAAUUCACAACAUGUAUAUAUCCAGAAUUCAACCAUGCAAACAGGUGAUGAUUGCAUAUCUAUUGGAGAUCUUGUUAACGAUGUUCAUAUUGACCAGAUUGUCUGUGGACCAGGACAUGGCAUUAGCAUUGGAAGCUUAGGAAGGUAUGGCAGUGCAGCUUCAGUCGAAGGUAUAACCGUUAGGUAUUCAAACUUUUAUGGGACAACAAAUGGAGUAAGAAUCAAGACAUGGCAGGGAGGAAAAGGGUUUGUAAGAGGAAUCAGGUUUGAGCAUUGCAACUUCACCAAAGUUGAUAAUCCUGUAAUCAUUGACCAGUAUUAUUGUGAUUCCCCUAGCAAGUGCCCACCUCAGAAAAAUGCAGUUCAAAUCAGCAACGUAACAUAUGCAAAUUUGUAUGGAAGUUCAAGCACCCCAGUUGCAGCGUUUCGAAAAGCAUUGGCUUUAAUUUCUGGAGCAGGUUCAGAUACUUCUACUAUGAUCAUAUCAGAGUAUAGGACUGUCUUUGUGAAGCCUAUAUCUUUCAUUAGCCCAUGUAAUUCUGGCCAUGUGAUGAUUGCAUCUCUACUAGAGACUAUGUCUAUGAUAUUGACAUCGAGAGCAUAA